AAUCGGACUCCAUAAAAACAGACAAUACGACAGAGACACCUCUCAAACAUCCUUUACUCGAAACUCACAAACAGUACUCACUCACUCACACCCAAACCAGCUCCUAUAAUUACAGUGAGAAACCAACCCCAUCGACGAAGCUCAAAAACCAUGGAUACAAUCAACUCCUUCAAGGGUUACGGCAAGGUGGACCCACAAGAGGAGCAGGCAUUCCGACGGAAAACCCGAAAGCGUCUCUUCAUCCUCGUCAUCUCCUCCGUCAUCCUCGUCGCAGUCAUCAUCGGCGCCGUAACCGGAACUCUAAUCCACCGCCGCAACAACUCCGCCGCCACCCCGUCCUCCACUGCCGGCUCCCCCGCCGCAGCAAUCAAAGCCGUAUGCAGCGUCACUAACUACCCCGACUCAUGCUUCUCCGCCAUCCAAUCGCUCGACGCCUCGCACAACGUAACAGAUCCCGAAGACAUUUUCAAGCUCUCUUUACACGUGGUCCUCAACGAGAUCUCCAAGAUCUCUUCGUUUCCGCAGUCAAUAAUAUCCAAAAUCAACGACGCUAAAACUAAGGCCGCGUUGGAGGUUUGCCAAACUAUGAUUGACGACUCGUUGGAUCGACUCAACGAGUCGGUUUCCUCGAUGGAUGUUAACCAAGGGGAGAAGAUCUUAUCGGUAAAAAAAAUGGGCGAUCUCAAAACGUGGCUGAGCACUUCCCUAACAGAUCACGAAACGUGCUUGGAUGCGCUAACGGAAGCGAAUUCCUCGGUUGUGUUAAAGGAAGUGAUGGGUAUUCUCCGGAAUUCAACCGAGUUUGCUAGUAAUAGUUUGGCGAUUGUUGGUAAGCUAUUGGGAUUGAUAGGUGACUUCAACUUGCCCAUUCAUAGGAAGCUGUUGUGGGGAGGGGAUUCGGGGUUUCCGGAUUGGGUGGAUCGGAGGCUACUUCAGGAGGAGACGAAUUUGGUGCCAAAUGUUACGGUGGCCAAGGACGGAAGCGGGAACUUUACGACUAUCAAUGCGGCGGUGCAGAAGGUGCCGAAGAAGAGUGUGUACAGGUUUGUGAUAUAUGUGAAGGCGGGAGUGUACGUGGAGAAUGUGAACUUGGAUAAGUCGACUUGGAAUGUGAUGAUUUACGGCGACGGGAUGAGUCAGACCGUCAUCUCCGGCAGCCGUAACUUCGUCGACGGCACUCCCACUUUCUCUACUGCCACUUUCGCUGCAGUAGGCAGAGGCUUCAUAGCAAGAGACAUUGCGUUCAAAAACACAGCCGGAGCUGCGAAGCACCAAGCCGUAGCCCUCCGUUCGGGCUCCGAUAUGUCUGUAUUCUACCGGUGCUUGAUAGACGGUUUUCAGGACACCCUCUACGCCCACUCCAACCGCCAAUUCUAUCGUGACUGCGACAUCACCGGCACCAUCGACUUCAUUUUCGGAAACGCGGCCGUUGUUUUCCAAAACUGCAACAUCCAGCCCAGGCAGCCUUUGCCCAACCAAUUCAUCACCGUUACGGCCCAAGGUAAAACUGACGUUAAUCAAAACACCGGCAUUUCGAUCCAGAAGUGUGUUAUGUCUCCCUUGGGUAAUCUGACGGCGGAUUCGUAUUUGGGCCGGCCCUGGAAGAAUUACUCUACCACUGUUAUCAUGCAGACUAACAUUGGGUCGUUCUUGGACCCUACGGGCUGGACCCCGUGGAUUUCCAAUGUUGACCCACCCAACACCAUAUUCUAUGCUGAGUACCAAAACACUGGCCCGGGUUCGAGUGUGGUUAAGAGGGUUACAUGGGCUGGGUAUAAGCCCAGCAUGACGGCGGGCCAGGCCUCCAAGUUUACGGUCCAGUCUUUCAUCGACGGUCCUAAUUGGCUGCCGGUAACAGAUGUUGCGUUUGAUUUAUCCUUGACUUGAUCGAAAUUGCUUUGGGCGGGUGACAGGUUUUUAAACCCAGUAUACGAAUUGGAGGAAAGUAGGAGCUUUUUUCUUUUGUGAUGUUUUUUUACUUUAAGUUCUUUCUUCUUACAGUUAAUUAAUUUGUAAGUUGCAACAAAUAUUCUUUCUGCUUGAAAUUCCAUCAUAAGUUUCAUGCCCAAAGUGAAUUGAGGAGAAAGUAUGUGGUGUUUACAAAA